GAGAGGUCACCUGCACUGCUAGAUCGUUUAAACAUCUCUAUAUAUAUGUUACAUUUGAGCAUUGUCCAUUUGGAGCAUUCUAUAGUUGAUUAAGUUUUUGUAAGGUUGUUGUUAAGAGAAAAGGCAAGAUGCAGGCUGUGAAGGACAAGAUAAAUGAAAUGGGCGCACUGCGCAAGGUCAAGGCCGAGGCCAGGGCCGAAGAGAGGGCUGAGAAAGAAGUAGCCAAGGCGAGAUCCGAUGUAGCACAUGAGGUGAGAUUGGCUAAAGAGGCCGAGGCAUCAAUGUCAAUGCAUGUGGCGAAAGCUGGGGACAUUGCUAGAGCUGGAGAAAAGUUUGCGCAUGAUCAUCAAAUGGUAGCUCAUGCGCCUGAAAAUACUACUAACACAGCUCAUCAGGCUCGUUCUUCUGACAAGACAUCGGGAGGUCCCCCAACUUACAACCCAAUGUCUUAAUUUUUUCUUUUUUUUGCAAUCAUUCAUUCUCUAUAUAUGUAUCUAAGUAUUUGUAAGCUAUUAUUCAUUCAUAUGCAUGCGAUUUGUAU